AUGGGCCUAGGGGCAAGCAACCUUGCACAGUUUCGGUCGGUCUGCGAGGUCGGCGGAAAGGUAGUCGGGGUGCCGCACAACGCUGAGAAGGUUUUGGUGGUGGACCCUGGAACUGGCCAGGCUUCAUCCAUCGACCUCCCUUUCAGCAUUGCUGCAAGUAAGAAAAACAAGUUUGCUUCUGUUUGCCGUGUGAAUGGCAAAGCAGUGGUGGUACCCUACAAUUCUGAAAAGGUUUUAGUCGUGGAUCCGGAAACUCGCAAAGCUUCUGCCAUCGACCUCCCAGCAAGCAUUGAUGCGAAGAAGGACUACAAGUUUGUUUCCGUGUGCAGUAUUGAUGGAAAGGCAGUGGCUGUGCCGUGGAAUGCUGAGAAGAUUCUGGUGGUGGACCCUGCAGCUGGCCAGGCUUCGGCCAUCGACCUCCCCGCCGGUGUCGACGAAAGGAAGGAGCUAAAGUUCCUAUCUGCCAUCAAUGUGAAUGGAAAGGUUCUGGCGGUGCCUUACAACGCCGAGAAGAUUUUGCUGGUGGAUCCUGUCGCGAAGCAAGCCACGGCCAUCGACCUCCCCGAAGGCGUUGCCGCAAGCACGGCCUGGAAGUUUGGGUCAGUCUGUGACGUGAAUGGGCUGGCAGUGGCCGCGCCCUGUGAUGCGGAGAAGAUUCUGGUGGUGGACCCGGCGACGAGCCAGGCUUCGGCCAUCGAGCUCCCGGAGGGCAUUGAUGCAAAGAAGGACUACAAGUUUGUUUCCGUUUGCGCUGUGAAUGGGAAGGCGGUGGCUGUGCAGUACAAUGCUGAGAAGUCGUUGGUGGUGGACCCUGCAACUGGUUCGGCUUCAGCCAUCGACCACCCCGCAGACAUCGAUGCAACCAGGACCUUCAAGUUUGGUUCCGUCUGCGACGUGAACGGAAAAGCGGUCGCGGUGCCCUGGAAUGCUGAGAAGGUUCUGGUGAUAGAUCCCGCUGGCGGCCAGGCGUCGACAAUCGACCUCCCAGCAGGGAUCGAUGCACGGAAGGGCACAAAGUUCCUGUCCGAGUCCGUCUGCAACGUCAACGGGGAGGCCCUGGCGGUGCCCUACAACGCAGAGAAGAUUCUGAAGGUGGAUCCGGCAACCGGCCAGGCUUCCACCAUCGACCUCCCCAACUUAAAGGGUCGGAACCUCAACCUCAGCCUCCACAGCGACGUCCACCGGAAGCCCGAGUUCACCGACCUCGUGGCUUCGGUGCUCAGCUACUGGAUCUACACCGAUGAGCCGGAGCCCCCUCGCAUGGAGCAUGCGGCCAUGGAGGUGCAUAAGGUCAUUCAGCCGGGCGAGCUCGGCUCGGCUGUGAAGAUUGCAACCGUCACGGCAGAGCUUCCAUCUGAGAAGGUGCUGUACGUGGUCUCCAAGGGCACCUCCUACAUCUUAGACUUCCUGAACUGGAACCUUGAGUUGGAUCAUGCCGCGACCCAGGAUCGCGACUUCUUCGUCCACCGCGGUGCCAUCGGGGUCGUUCAGAACGCGCAGUUCUGGAACGAGUCCACGUUUCUGGAGCGGCUGCGGGCCGCCAAAGAGCAAGGCGUUCAGAAGCUCGUCUUCACCGGCCACUCCCUGGGAGGAAUGCAUGCGGCCGUGCUGCUUUACACCUUCUGGAAGAAGAUGACAAGCCCGCCCCCCGCGUCGGAGGCGUCGGAUGUGCGCGCGCUGCUGGGCUCCGUGGACGUGCGCUGCACCACCUUCGGCGCCCCCAUGGUGUUCGGGGGAAGCUCCCAGCAAGCCAAGGACUUUCAGGCCUUUGCCAGAGUACACGCCGUGAACUACAUCCACGCAAACGACCCCUGCCCUCGGGCCUGGGGCGCACUGGACCUACGAAGGUUCGUGGAAGUGGCGGCCAAGAACGUGCAGAAUGGCUUGGUUGACGAGCUCGGGUGCAUUGUGGGCGGAGUGGCGUCCAGGGUCGUGGCGGAGGCAGCUCGGCAGGUGCUCAAAAGACCGGAUUUCCACCUCGUCGAGGACUUCGCCAGGAAAUACGCGCAUUUUGUCCAGCUGAAGGUGCUGAGUCCGCAGAACCCAGAGAGCCAGUUCUUUGCCUGGAAAGACUUCAAGCUGACCCCCGAGUGCUUGAAGGAUCACUCCGUGCAAACGUAUGUGAAUCAGCUUUUUAACGCCUUUGACGACACCCGGCCAGCAUGCCAUGUGCAUAGCCAACCUUUCGAGGAGGUAGAGACCUCAGAAUCUCCGUUGGCGCGGGCACGAAUGGCCUAUGCCUAA